AAAGUGUCAGAGUUUUACAGCUGCUAGAUUUCAGUAUGUCCAACUUAGGUGCAUCUAAGCAAAAUCUUCUACAAAGGGCAGAAGUUGUUUGUUUAGAAAAUCUUCUUUGAGAUUGUAAAAAUAUCAUCCCAGACAUGGUCCAAGUUGUGGGAGGCAUGGCUGAAUUGACCAAACUUUGCCUUCAAUCUUGUAAAAAGAUAGAUUGCCUCAUCGAUUCAACUAAUUAUCAUGCUACCUCAUUUCAAGCAGAUGCUUUGUUACCCAAGUUGAUCAAGUUGGAGAUAUCAGAAAUGAACAAGUUGUCAGAACUGUGUCGAGGCCCUCCCAUCCUAGCGCUUGGGUUCUUCAAGAAAUUAGAACAACUUUUCAUUGGGAACUGCAAGCAGCUGUACAACAUAUUUCCAGAGACAUGUAACUUAUGCAACCUUAAGAUCCUGAAAAUAUGGAACCGUCAUUCUUCAGCAAUUGCAUCACUCUUCUCAAUGUCUGUUGCCAGAAGUAUGGAACAAUUAGAAGAGCUAUGGAUACAGGGUUGUGAUCAAUUGAGGCAUAUAAUUACAGGAGAAGGAGGGAAUGGUACUAGUACCGGAGAAAAUUCUCACACAAUGUUCCAUAAAUUAAAAAAAUUCUCCAUUUGUGACUGCCCCAAGUUGGAAUUUAUAUUUCCAAUAUCAUUUGUCCAAAAUGGUCUUUUGCAGUUGCAAGAGAUAGAAAUAGAAUCUACCUCUGGACAGAAACAUGUAUUUGGCCAAUAUGACCAUGAGGUAAAUGCUUCUCAUCAAAAUCAGGUCCAAAUCAUGCUUCCUCCUUUGAAAGUAUUCUAUCUAUACAAUGUUGAAAAUCUCCUAGGGAUAUGUCCAGAAAGCUACCAUUUGGGGUUCCCAUCUUUAGAGGAGCUAGACUGCCAGCGAUGUCCAAAAUUAACUGCAUCAUGUAUUAGUAUAAUUAUUGGUUCUGAACAAAGACAUAUGAACAAUGGAGUUUCGCUUGACAAUGAGCAGCAAAAUCACUUGACCUCAAAUUUGCAACAACUACUGUUAGGAGGAUUAUCUGAGGUAAGGUUCAUAUGGUCAGGUCCUGCUCCAAGACCAGUAUUGAGUUUCAAGUUCCUUCAAUGUUUAAAGGUAGAGAACUGUGCAAACCUGAAAUCAAUCUUCUCCACGGUCAUCAAUAGAAGCCUACCUGAGUUAACACUCCUAAGCAUAUGCAACUGUGAGGAACUGGAAGAAAUUAUGGCAGAGAAUGCAGAACCAGAAAGUCUAUCCAAUAUAGAAGUUUGCUUUCCAAAACUAAGUGAGCUGAGGAUUGAGAAGUGCAAUAAGUUGAAAAGCCUUUUCCAUGUUGCUAUGAUAAGAAUGCUUCCACAACUGAGCUUUAUACAUGUAUCAUGUGCUGCUCAGUUAGAAGAGGCUUUUCAAUGUAGCAGUGAAGGCAAUAGUGAUUACGGAGACCAAGUUAUGCUUCCAGAGUUAAGAAAAAUAGAACUACAAAACUUGCCAAGUUUUGGGAACAUUUUCAAAGGGUUUAAUUUUCAAGCACCAAAAGUUCAACAACUUUAUAUAAGUAAAUGCCCAGAAUUUUCUCCAAGUGUCAGAAGAGGAACUCAAGUGACUACUUCUCACAACACAACAGAGAGACAAGUAUUUUGGUUGAUUGUUGCCACUUGCAAUUUAGAAGCUUUCCUAAGCUUGGAAGUUCUGCAUGUGACCAAAAGUAGAGAAGAAGGAAUUUUCCAAAUCCAAGCUGCUGGAGAACUCAGUAGUAAUAGUGAAUUGAAGCCAUUGAACUCAAAUUUGGGGUAUUUGACGUUAUAUGAUCUACCAGAGCUGAAAUUUAUCUGGAAUGGGUUCUCAAAAUUUUUGAGCCUUGAUAAACUGACACAUGUAUCAAUUCAGAAGUGUCCAAAAGUCAAAACAAUCUUCUCCUUAGCUUUUAUUAGAUGCCUACCCAAGUUACAAUCCUUGUCAGUAUCAAACUGUGAGGAAUUGGAAGAAAUCAUAUCUUUAAAUUCAGAGGAUGCACAAAUCAGCGCUGUGCACAUACCAGAGGUUUCUCAAUCUAACAAGGUUUAUAGGCAUGGCAGCGAAGACAGAAGUGACAGUCAGGAUGAAAUCAUUCUUCCAGACUUGAGAAAAAUAGAGCUCAAAAAAUUGCCAAGCUUUGCUAACAUUUUCCAUGGAUUUAACUUUCAAACUCCCAAACUUCAACAGCUCUAUGUAGAUAGAGUGCCCAAAUUUGCUCAAAGAGGAACUCAUAUGAAUACACUUCAUUACACAAAAGAGAAGAGGCAAAUAUUCUGGUUGAUUACUAAAGCCUCCAAUGAACAAUGGAAGCAAAGGCAUCGUGCAGCUUUGCAAGCUUCUCUAAACUUAGAAGUCCUUCAUCUGAGUAUGUGUCAAGCAGAAGGAAUUUUCCAAGGCGAAGGAGAACUUGGUAGUAACAGUGAAUUGAAGCCAUUGAACUCCAACUUGGAGUAUCUGAAGUUAUGUGAUCUACCUGAGCUAAGAUUCAUCUGGAAAGGGCUCAAAAACUUUCUUAGCCUUGAGAAACUUACAAGAGUAUCAAUCUCUAGCUGCCCAAAAUUAAAAACUAUAUGCUCCCCAAGCAUUGUUAGAUGUCUACCCAAGUUACAUUCAUUGAGGAUAUCAAAUUGUGCUGAAUUAGAGGAAAUCAUGUCUUCAAAUUCCAUGAAUGCACAACUCAGUCACCCUUAUGUUUGUCACCAACAAGUGUGCUUCCCACAACUGAGUAAAAUCACAGUUGAGCAGUGCAACAAGUUGAAGUGCAUUUUCAAUGAUCUUAUGGCCUAUCAUUUACCAGAGCUGCAGUCUCUUGAAAUCAAGGAUUGCUGUCAAAUGGAAAGGGUUUUGAGAGUUAAAACUGAAGAUCUAGAUGGAAAGCAGACAUUAUUUCCAAAACUGACAAAACUUGUGCUGGAAAGUUUACCAAUGUUUUUUGAGAUUUUGCCCGGCCUUACUUUGCCACCUGGGUUUAAUUUGCAGCCUUGGCAUGAAUACGUAGUCAUGGAUUGUCCUAAAUAUAAUCACGCCUACACUGAAGCUAGCACUUCUUAUUUGGAUGCAAUACCAGAGAAGGCACGGAGAAAUUCUCAGCCUGGUUUUAAUCAAAAUGUGAGGCUUGGCCUUAAGCUAGCAUGGAAUCCUCCAUGUAAUGGUUGGAUUACUAUCAAAGUUGAUGGGGCUUUUGAUGAAGUGAACAAGAUAGCAGGCUGUGGUGGUCUGAUCAGAGACCAUAAUGGGAACUUUGUUCAUGGGUUCAUGCAUCAUAUUGGCAGAGGAAACAGCUUAAAUGCACAACUUUGGGCCUGCAUCAUGGGACUCAAGGGAGCUUGGGAUGCUGGGUUUCGCAGAGCUAUACUAGAGACAGAUUCUCUGCAAGUUGUGAGACUGUUUGGGAAGGAUGUGCAGGAAAGAUUCCUAGCAGAAGCAGAAGAGGAACUUGUAUACUUAAUAUUUAGUAUGCUAGGUAGGAACUGGAAGGUUUGGCUUGCGCAUCGCAAGCCGGAGGGCAAUGUGGUGGCAGACUUGCUUGCCAAGUUAGCAUUGCAAGCGUGGCCUGGUUACCACUACUUUAACCAUCCACCAAAACAAGUUGAGAAGCUUGUUUUAGAGGAAGCUAGGAAGCCAUUGUUAAUGUAAAUGUAAUUAAUAUAAACUGUUGGAAGAUGUCUAGUUUGCAAAAUUGUGUUUAGCACUGCUUCUAUUAUUGCGUGGAGCUCAAGAUUUAGUUCCUAGUUGGAGCAUUACUCGUUAGUAGUUGUAGUGAAAGGAAGCUCCUGCGCGCGCGCGCUCAUAUAUGUACAGAUGUAUAUUGAUAUAUGCUAUUCAAAUUAAAGUUACCUCAAUUAAAGUAAUUUAUACGCAUUUAUUAUUGAUAAAAGGAAUAUAUGUACGAGUUUGCUGAAA